CAUAUGUACAAGAUUAAGUGAAUUUCAAUAUGACAAGAUUAAACUUUUCUAUCUGUUUCUUAUUUUUUCUGUGCUCAACUCUUCUCAUUCCAGGCCAUGCUUAUCGAUCAUUGUCCAAAAAUCAUGUUGCAUUAUUCAUCUUUGGGGAUUCACUCUUUGAUGCUGGAAACAAUAACUACAUCAACACCACUAUUCAGUUUCAGGCCAAUUUCUGGCCUUAUGGUGAAACCUUCUUCAACUAUCCUACCGGAAGAGCUUCUGAUGGGCGUCUAAUCCCAGAUUUCAUUGCUGAGUAUGUUAAGUUACCAUUAAUUUCAACAUUCUUACCCUCCUACAAUAGUGACAAAUUUAUUUAUGGGGUGAACUUUGCAUCCGUGGGAGGUGGCGCUCUAGUCGAAACUUUUCAAGGAAUGGUGAUAGACCUCAAAACUCAGUUAAGUUAUUUCAAGAUUGCGGUGGAGAAGCAGUUCAGGCAGGAGCUAGGUGAUGAAGGAGCUGAAACAUUGUUAUCCAAGGCUGUUUACUUGUUUAGCAUAGGCAACAAUGAUAUUUUCGAUUUUGCCUCAAACACGAGUGUGCUACGUUGGCAAUACUCUAAGGAGGAUUACAUAGGGAUGGUGAUCGGAAAUGUAACAAGUACAAUCAGAGAAAUAUACAAGAAAGGAGGAAGGAAAUUCGGGUUUGUAAAUUUGCUGCCUUUGGGUUGUUUACCAGCCAUGAAAGCACUUGUACCUGGAAACACAGGAUCCUGUCUGGAGAUUGCUUCAGAGUUAGCAGAAUUAUACAACAAAGCACUCUAUCAAGUUCUCCACGAACUAGAGAGCCAACUAAAGGGAUUUAGAUACUCAAUUCAUGAUUUCUACAAUUCAUUAUCGAAAAGAAUCAACGACCCUUCAAGAUAUGGUUUUAAGGAGGGCGUGACGGGGUGCUGUGGCAGUGGUCCAUAUAGAGGAAUAGCAAGCUGUGGGAGGCAGAAUAAAAAUGAGUAUGAAUUAUGUGACAAUCCUAAGGAAUAUGUGAUCUUUGAUUCUGUUCAUCCCACUGAAAGUGCCUACAAGCAAAUUGCAGAACUAUUGUGGAGUGGAACUCCAGAUGCCACAGGGCCUUACAAUCUGAAGCAACUAUUUGAACAAAGCUGAGCCAGAAUAAAUGUAGUUUCCAUAAUGAAUAAGGGAUAUUUUCUUAUGUAAAUGAGUUUGAUACUUGUUUCUAGCUUUUAUCCUUACAAGAGAAUAACUAUGUACAUAAACAAUAAGAUGACAAUUGAAAUGAUGAGAAUUCUGGGAA